UGCUUCCACAGCCUUCUGUGGCAAAGAAUUCCACAGAUUCACCACCCUCUGACUAAAGAAAUUCCUUCUCAUCUCCUUCCUAACACAAUGUCCUUUUAUUCCGAGGCUGUGACCUCUCAUCCUAGACUCUUCCACUAGUGGAAACAUCCUCUCCGCAUCCACUCUAUCCAAGCCUUUCACUAUUCUUGUUAUAUAUCCCAGAGUUUUUCCAAGAAUUAGUAACUUUUAAAGCAGAACAUGCUCUUGUUUGAUAUUGGCAGAGGCUACGUUUCCUGUCUGUAAAAUUAUUAAGUGGCCAUUAGCUUGUCCAAUAUUUGCUGUCACAAUAUUAAUUUGAUCAUCUUUCGUUGCUGUCAGUAGUUAAAGUGAUGAAGCUAACCGAGAUCUCGGCUGAGAUUAACACGUAUUUCCAAGCCAGACUGAUUUUGGUGAUUUGAUCCAGCACAUACCGCAGAGACUUGCUUCAUGGAUGAUCUAAUUUCAAAUACCUGAGCAGUGAGAGAAAUAACCUGCAAAUUCAAAACAGUUUGGAUCAGUGGGAUCAGUGGCUCAAAUUCAUUGCCACUUAACUUUUAGAGAUACUUCAUAAAACUCACACUUUGGAUUAUUUUUGCAGAUGGUGCCUUUGGAAUAGCAUUUUGAAAACAAGAAACUUUCAGCAUAGGAAAGUGGGAGAUAUACAAAAUGCAGGAAUUCAGAAGAAGUCUAUGUGUUAGACUGUGUGUGGGACUAAUUGGGUUCAUUCUCUUCAUCAGUAUAGCUUCAAAGAACCAGAGAGAAAAUGUUUGGUGGAAAAAAGCCCUGUUAAUGUCAACAGAAUUACCUGUUGCAUCUCUUGACCCUGGUGCCAUUGAUCUGACUGAAUUAGUCAAUAAAAUGAUCAAUACAACACUUGAAGGAAAUCAACAGUUCUUCUCAUUGCUGGGCGUCACUUCCCAUAGUUCCCUUGCACUCCAUAAAGUGUCCAUUCUCAUUUAUGACAUCUCAAGCUUCUGGAAAAUUGAUUCAUCUGUUUUCCCAUUGAAGUACUGCUACUGCUUAAACAACAGGACAAAUGACUUGACAGAUUUCACUGCUGUUGUGGUUGACUUUGUGGGAAAUACCACCAGUUUCUUCAAGGAGAUUUUUAAGUCUAACUCCAUUCUCUAUGUGAGCAAAAAUGAAACAGACUGCAUUUUCAUCUGUGUAAUGGCUGGCGUUCUGGACAGGGAUAUGACUUCACUGUGGUUUUCUGAUUCAAUGCAACCAGUUAUAAAUGAAACAUUUUACAACAGAAAACCGACUACAACUGCGUCUACCACUGUUUCGACAUUGAUCACACCAGCUACAGAAGGUCUCAGAAGGACGAAGUCAACCACAUUACAGGCACAGCCACCCACAGGAUCUCCAAAAUAUGAGGCUCGGGCUACUCCAAGCAUUACCAUUGGACAAGUGCAUUCAAACUGCAGAGGUGUUCCCAGGCACAAAGAGGAAGAAAAGCCCAUUGUGGGUGUACAAACUAUUAAUCGAUGCGUUCUGGAACUUUGCCGAUUCUUUCAACGAUGCCUUUGCAAAAUGAAGAGAAGAAUUCAAACAAAGAGAACGGCCUUAAUGUACUGCACUGAUUACUACUCCUGGUACCAGGCACAAAAAAAUAACAUCUGUAAGAUCACAAAGGGCUUUUCUUCCCUGAGAUCUUUGAUGAAGAUAUGCCUGUCAAAGAUCUGCAAAUCAACCCGACUGUCAUAAAUUAAGAACAGAAAUGUUUUCAUGGAACGAUCAGUCAUUUCUGUAUCUAUUCACAAUAAUUCAUUCUUAUAUUAUUAUGAUUGCUGCACAAAGUGAUUCAGUAAAAAUGAUGGGUAGAUAAUAUAAGCACACUGAUUAAUGAAUCAUAACCAAAAUGUUCUGUAUUAAUACAUUAAAUGUUACUGACAUUCUUGAGAAAAAUGUUUGGACUCCUGAAAACUGGAUUUUCUUGUAUUGUUCUUUUAACUCUUCAAUGAAGGCACACUAAUACUAUUCUACCCGUUUCUUUGCUUGGAUAUGUCUAUCGUAAUUUACUGGAUGGUAUGGAUCACUGCCCUGCCAACUGAAGGGAGUAGCUACAAGGUUUUAUUUCUCAUGGGAUCUGGGGAAAAUAUUAUCAGUCAGUUGGCAUGAAUUUUUACAUCUACCCAAUCAUUAUCAGUAUGCAACGGUUCAUUUAAAAUACCAUUGGGCGGAACAUUGCAACAGCUGAUAGAGCUGGUGCCUCAUAGUGCCAGAGACCCUGACUCGAUCCUCACUACGGGUGCUGUCUAUGUGGAGUCUGCACGUUCUCCCUUUGACCGUGUGGGAUUCCUCCGGUUGCCCUGGUUUCUUUCCACAUUCCAAAGCCACGCGGGUUUACAGGUUAAUUGGUCUCUGUGAAUUUCCUGCAGUGUGUGGGGAGUGGAUGCGAAAGUGUGAUAAUAUAGAAUCAGUGUGUAUGUGUGAUCAAUGGUUGGUGUAGAUUCAGUGAGUAUGUGUGAUCAAUGGUUGGUGUAGAUUCAGUGAGUAUGGGUGAUCAAUGGUUGGUGUAGAUUCAGUGAGCAUGGGUGAUCAAUGGUUUGUGUAGAUUCAGUGGGCCGAAGAACCUGUUUCCAUGC